AGUGGAACUUCUGUAGUGGCCCAUUAUUUAAUGUGAUGUCGGAGUCUAACGGCACUGACGUCUUGCCACUGACUGCUCAAGUUCCCUUGGCAUUUUUAAUGUCCCUGCUUGCUUUUGCUAUAACGAUAGGCAAUGCUGCGGUCAUUUUAGCCUUUGUAGCAGACAGAAACCUUAGACAUCGAAGUAAUUAUUUUUUUCUUAAUUUGGCUAUUUCUGACUUCUUCGUGGGUGUCAUCUCCAUUCCUCUGUACAUCCCUCACACGCUGUUUAACUGGAAUUUUGGAAGUGGAAUCUGCAUGUUUUGGCUCAUUACUGACUAUCUUUUGUGCACAGCAUCCGUCUACAGUAUUGUCCUCAUUAGCUACGAUCGAUACCAGUCAGUUUCAAACGCUGUGCGUUAUAGAGCACAGCACACUGGCAUCCUGAAAAUUGUUGCUCAAAUGGUGGCUGUUUGGAUACUGGCUUUCUUGGUCAAUGGCCCAAUGAUUCUGGCUUCGGAUUCUUGGAAGAACAGCACCAACACAGAGGAGUGCGAGCCUGGCUUUGUUACUGAGUGGUACAUCCUCGCCAUUACAGCAUUCUUGGAAUUCCUGCUCCCUGUCUCCUUGGUGGUCUAUUUCAGUGUACAGAUUUACUGGAGCCUGUGGAAGCGUGGGAGUCUCAGUAGGUGCCCUAGCCACGCUGGAUUCAUCGCUACCUCUUCCAGGGGCACUGGACACUCACGCAGAACUGGGUUGGCUUGUAGGACAAGUCUUCCUGGAUUAAAGGAACCAGCCGCAUCCCUUCAUUCAGAAAGUCCACGAGGAAAGAGCAGUCUCCUGGUGUCCUUAAGGACUCACAUGAGCGGUAGUAUCAUCGCCUUCAAAGUGGGUUCCUUCUGCCGAUCAGAAAGCCCAGUGCUUCACCAGAGAGAGCACGUGGAGCUUCUCAGAGGCAGGAAGCUAGCCAGGUCGCUAGCUGUCCUCCUGAGUGCUUUUGCCAUUUGCUGGGCUCCGUAUUGCCUGUUCACAAUUGUUCUUUCAACUUAUCGCAGAGGGGAGCGCCCCAAAUCGAUUUGGUACAGCAUUGCCUUUUGGCUACAGUGGUUCAAUUCACUUAUUAAUCCCUUUCUAUACCCUUUGUGCCACAGACGUUUCCAGAAGGCUUUCUGGAAGAUACUCUGUGUGACAAAGCAGCCAGCACCUUCACAGACCCAGUCAGUAUCUUCUUGAGGAGAAGCUUCAUGUGUGCCAGCUUCUGUCUCUCUGUCCCCUGAACGGAUCUAAGCUUCCAUCUUGCUCUGUCCGCUCGAGCAAACAAUGCACAAAAUGUAAUGUUCGACAAUUUUAAUAAAAACCCUCCACAUUCAAGUCAGUGGAACACGAGCCAACAGCAGUUUAAGGAACGUGACAAACUGACAGCUGCAAAAAUACUAAUAUUUUCCUCAGUGCUCUCUGUCUCUUUUUUGAUACAACAUUGAUUGUGUUACCCCUGUCUUCUUUCUGUCUCAGUGUUUUCUCCAAUAGCAUUAGUUUCUUUGUGUGUAUAUGUGUGCGUGUGUGCAUGUGUACAUCUAUGUGUGUGUACAUGUAUCUAUGUGUGUGCAUGUGUAUCU